CCAUCUCCCUCAUCGUCAAACUCUUCCACACCAUGUCUUCCUCAAGGCUUCUCUCUCCUCUCUACCUGCUCUCCUUUUCUCUCCUCCUCCAACUCGCCCUCGCAACCAACCCCCUCUAUCAUUUCUGCUCAAGCUCCGAAAAUUUCACUCCCAACAGCCCUUAUGAAACGAACUUGAACAAGCUCAUGACUUACCUCUAUUCCAAAACCCCGAUAACCGGGUUCGGUUCUGGCUCGCUGGGCCUGAGCCAAAACCAGGCCUACGGCCUCGCUCUCUGUCGAGGUGACGUCAAAACGACUGACUGUCUAGCCUGUGUUGCCGAGGCAGGUACGGAGAUACGAAAACGUUGCCAGUUAAAUAAAGGAGCAGUCAUUUGGUAUGAUUACUGUAUGUUGAAAUACUCUAACCUUGACUUUAUCGGGAAAAUCGAUAACCAAAACAAAUUUUCCUUGUUGAAUGUGCGAAAUGUGAGUGAUCCUUUAUAUUUCAAUGAAAAGGUCAAAGAGUUAUUGGGUAAGCUGGCGGAAGAAGCUUAUGGUAGCUCAAAAAUGUUUGCUACCGGAGAGAUGGAGAUAAAGGAAUCAAGGAAGCUUUAUGGGUUAGUUCAAUGUACCAGAGAUCUUUCUAGUGCUGAUUGUAAGAAGUGUAUCGAUGGGGCUAUUGGUAAGCUUCCGAGGUGUUGUGAUGGGAAAGAAGGAGGGAGAGUUGUGGGUGGAAGUUGUAACGUGCGUUAUGAGAUUUACCCUUUCGUCAACGCCUAGAGAAAAUGUAUCAAUAUUGUUCUUAGCUAUAUAGUAUGUAUGAAUAAGUGUGUUAUCGAUCGAACACCGAAAACUUGAGGUUGGGUAUUUCCCAUCCUAUUUGUAUGUUGGAAUAAUGCAUUUUUUUUGUUUACAUUUUUUUUUUAUGUACUAGCAAAAGAGCACGUGCGAUGCGCAUGGAAUAUACGUGUUGUAGACAGGAAAUGACCGUUUGCCUAUUCUACGGGAAGAUAAUAUAAUAGCGUGCUACAAUACUAAUUAAAUCA